GUAAAAAAAUCCCUAUUUCUUUUUCUCUCUUUUUGCUUUGGGGAAGAAAACAUUAUACUAAAUCAUAUCAUAUAUCAAACCCUCAUUUCCGCCAUUUUCGGACCCCACAAUUCCUCUAAACCCCUUCUUCUCCCCUUUCUCUCACUCUCUGUGACAAUAUAUAAAUUAUAAUAAUGCCAGCCUCUUCUUCAGAAACACGAAACAGGUGGCGAAAACGUAAGCGCGGCGGCGGAAGCGGAGGCGAACAAUCACGAAAACCUAGACCGAAACCGACGCGUCGUGUCGAAGACGACGAUGAGGAUUACGAACAAGAAGAAGACGAAGAUGUUGAAUUGGAUCAACAACAGAAUGAAUUCGAUAACGAUUCGCCGGAUCCGGUCGCCGGAGCAUUCACCGGAGCUGGUGGUGGUGGUGUUGUGGUUGCCGGAGCUGGUGGUGGAGAGAAGGAGGUUGAGGCGGAUGCGGCGGUGCGGGUUUCGAUGUUUCCAAAUGUGGUGAAGCAGAAGGUGAACCAGGUUCACGAGUCGGUGGUUCGGGUUGUGGAGAGGGAGAGAGCGUGUAGGAGCGGCGAUAGUAGUAGUGUCGGUGUUGGAGGGAUGUUGUUGGAGAAUGUUUCGUAUGGGCAGAUGCAGGCGGUUUCUGCUUUGCCUAAGGAUGCGCCGGUUUUGACUGGUGGAGAGGAAGGGUCUUAUGUGAUUACACCGCCUCCGAUUAUGGAAGGACGUGGCGUCGUUAAGAGAUAUUGGUCGAAUCGUGUUCAUGUUGUACCAAUGCACGCAGAUUGGUUUUCACCAACGACGGUAAACAGGUUAGAGAGACAAGCUGUGCCACAUUUUUUCUCGGGGAAGUCAAUGGAGCAUACUCCAGAAAAGUAUAUGGAUUGUCGUAACCGAAUUGUUGCUAAAUACAUGGAAAAUCCAGCAAAGAGGUUGUCUGUUUCUGACUGUCAUGAAUUUUUAGUUGGGGUUGAUGCUGAUGAUGUAACUCGGGUUGUACGUUUUCUUGAAAAUUGGGGUGUCAUUAAUUAUUGUGCUGCUCCACCGACUGUUCAUGAACCUAGAAAUGAGGGCUCAUGUCUGACGGAGGAUGCAAAAGGAGAGUUACGUGUGCCAGCAACUGCUUUGCGAUCUAUUGAUAGCUUAAUCCAAUUUGAUAGGCCUAGUUGUAGGCUAAAAGCAUCAGAUAUAUAUCCAGAAUUGGCCGUUGAUAGUGAAGAAAAGUCUGAUUUGGACAGCAGAAUACGAGAGGUAUUAUCCGAAAACCGGUGUAAUCACUGCUCUAAAUCUCUUGGCAUUGCGUACUAUCAGUCUCUCAAAGAGAUGGAGACAGUUUUAUGCUUGAAUUGCUUCGGCGAGGGGGCAUUUGUUGCUGGUCAUUCAAGUUUGGAUUUUAUAAAAGUGGAUUCUAGCAAGUAUUAUGGAGAUCUUGAAGCAGACAGCUGGACCAACCAAGAGACGUUAUUGUUGCUGGAAGCUUUGGAACUUUUUAAUGAGAAUUGGACUGAGAUUGCUGAGCACGUUGGCACAAAGUCAAAAGCUCAAUGUAUUCUCCAUUUUGUACGCCUCUCAAUAGACGAGAUUCCUCUGGAAAAAAUUGAAGUUCCGGCUGCUUCAAACAUGCCCAAUGGUAAUGGAUGUGGAAAGCCACAAUCAUAUGCAAAUGGGAAAGCCUCUAUUAUUGAAGACCUUGAAAUCGAAGAUAAAUUGCCGUUUGAAAAAUCUGGAAAUCCAGUAAUGUCUCAAGUUGCCUUUUUGGCAUCUGCAGUAGGCCCCAGAGUGGCUGCUGCCUGUGCACAUGCAUCUUUAGCUGCAUUAUCUGAGAAUGAUCAUCAAGGUGCUUCUGAAAAUGCAGAUGGGUCUGUUUCUGAGAAUAGGAUGAAUUCAGAAAACAUGAAUGGUAGAGAUGUUAGAAACCCAAUUCAACCAAAAGACGAGAACUCUGGAGGGAAUGCUACUCCUAUAUCUUUUGAAAAGAUGAGAAAUGCAGUAAGAGUGGGUCUCUCUGCAGCCGCAACGAAAGCAAAGCUUUUUGCAGAUCAUGAAGAGAGAGAAAUUCAAAGGCUUUCUGCUAAUAUAAUCAAUCAUCAGUUGAAGAGGUUAGAGCUGAAGCUGAAACAAUUUGCGGAAGUAGAAAGCUUAUUAAUAAAGGAGUGUGAACAACUAGAAAGGGGAAGACAAAGGGUAUCAACCGAGCGGGGCCUCAUGCUUUCCUCCCAAUUUGGUGCAACUAGGCCCACAGGCUUGCCAGGUGUUGGUUCUUCAAUGGUCAACAACAGCCCUGGACCCAGCAGGCCGCCGGGAUCAAAUCAACAGCCGUUCAUUUCGGGAUUUCCCAGUAACCAACCCAUGCACCCACAGAUGACCCAGCAAUCCAUGUUUGGGCUUGGUCCUAGGCUUCCUCUUUCGGCUAUCAACCCUUCAUCUUCAUCAGCCUCACACCCCAUGUUGAGACCCGUGUCAGGAAGUAGAUCAGGUUUUGAAUAAAUUAUAAAUAUUUUUUUAACAUUUUUCUUGAAAACAGAUAAAGAUUUUCAGAUGGGCGGGCAAAAAGGUGAAUCUGGAGGUGAUUUCUGCAAUGUGGGUGUCAAGGUAUUAGUUAAAUGUUAAUCUGACUUGAAUCGUUGUCUUUGUUGGGUCCUUGGCAUAUGAUGUUGUACAGUUAUGAUAUUGAUUAUGUAGCAAUUUAGCAUGUGUCUUGCAUUGUGGACAUAAGCUAUCGUAUCCUUGUAUGCUUAUGAUUGCUUGUGGAACAUGUCCCUUUAAAGUUGUUGGAGCAACAUUUGGAAUACGGGUAGCGUAGCGGCUAACAGUGUGAGGCUAUUGUUGGCUUUUAGCAGUUAGAAGUAGUUAAAUACCAGUAAUUUAUAUUUUCAUAGGAAAUGUAUGUGACUUGUCUUGUAGAUUAUUAUGAAUAUGAAUUAUGAUGUUGGAUUAAAUGUCAAUUAAGGCAUGUGAUUGUUGGUGGUCUGAA